GGCUCGCGUCUCUCCGCUAUUUUGCAGGGAGAGAAGCGUUAUCGCUGAGCGACGGAGGGAGAGAAGGCCGACGCACGGAGCCAAGACUGAACACACCUUCAACUGAAACACGCACCAGAGAGGAAAAACGGGUGAGAGGAGCGGAGACUUUACUUUACUUCUCACACUAAAACCUGCAUUCAGUUUGCAUGCAUCAAAUGUAAUAAGCAAGAAUACCAUGUUGUGACUGGGUGGCUCCUGGUGUACUGAUGGCAGCAGCAUGACCAGCCUGCUCCGCCUUUGUAAAGCGACACAGCCUCGACAUUUAAAAAAAAUAAUUAAAAAAAAACACCGGCCACGUUUGCCCUCUGUGCUAUUAUUAUUUGUUACCGCCUUGUUGGUUAUAUUAGACGCUCCCUUCUGUAACCGCACGGAGGCUAAGGAGACAGGAUGCACAUCACAGUGAAGGUCGCUUUGUGUGUUAUCUCAUUGGAAACACACUAAACUCCGGGGUCCUCCUUUGAGUCUCUUUAUAUUGUCUGAAGUGUAUAUUAAGGCACCGUAGGCCUAUUCCACUAAGUAAUGUAGCUUCAGAGUGUGUUUUUCCUUAAAUCGGACCCUCCUCCUCCUCCUCUCCUCCUGUGAGGAGGCUUUGUUUUCGUGGGGCAGAUGUAGCUGGCCUACAUGCAUCCGCUCUCUUUGUGUUGAGUUUGAUUCUCGCUGUCAUCACCACAUGAGAUGUAAAAACUUAGGGGGAAAAAGAUGUGCCACGACUGCAUUACAGUGUCUUUAACACUGAUAUCUCAUCAUACAUUGACAAAGACCUUUAAGACGUCUUAUUUGUAUGCGUCUUACAUACAAAUGUAUGCAACAUUUUUUAAAUUGUGUAAUUAUUGUCUAUGUAUCAGGUCACAGAAUUAGGGAUGGAUUUAGUUAAAAUGCUAGAUGCACGGCAAAUACCAAAGUUACACAACUGUUCAAAACAUUUGGAAGUAGCAGCUUGAUUUUAUUGUCAUAAUCAUAUCUGUUAAUUGUAUUUAAUGUUAUUAAAGGUAGGCCAACCAGUGGAGACAGCAUUCUGUCCAGGUCAGGGUUUAUAACACUCAUACUGGACCGGUGUGUCCCUAUAGGCUGCACACCACUGAGUCUUGUUAGUCUCCUCCUCCCUCAGCUGUACGAAUUCAAAUUCUUUUUUGACUUUGAGCCAUAGAAUGUGCAGAUAAUACCAUCCAGUCCGGCGUUGCUCCUUUCCUUUUAGACUUUUUCUCUCUGCCUUUUUUCCUGCCUCCUUCCUGCUGUCCUCCCCACAAAUGUGGUUUUGCCAGCAGGCUGGUUGUCUCUACAGGCGGUUGCAUUUUUUAAAAACUGUGUCAGUGUCACAGGACGGACUCUCAGAGAGGAAGCAGCAGCAGCAGCAGCAAUGUCCCAGCUAGACUGAGGCCCAGCCUGCCUUCAUACGUGUCCACUUACACAGUUACAGUGGAGGCAAAUAUGUGAAUGCAUAAUAGUGCACUCAGACUUUUUAUAUCUCCACUUGUGUUGGUCGGUUUUUUCUUCUGAAAAACUUACUUUAAAUGUGUUUCCGGCUCAGUGUUAUGAUCAGCAAAGAGCAGAAUAUACAUGUUUGAAAUGGUUUCCUUCUAUAAUGUGAACCUGUUUUCUCCUCUUGUCUAUAGUUGGGGUUGAGGACUUGUCUGGCCGGCCCAUGGCCAUUGUGUAUUGAAGGAAGUUUAGGAAGUGAGUUCAAUUUUACUUCAGUGGUGAGGUAGUGUUAUUUGUGACAAAAAUAAACAAUCCAGCCUGGAACUCAAUAUUUUUAAUGUGUUAUAUUCUCUUCAACGUGUUUUUGUACCAGGAAGACUUUGGCUAAAAACAGCAGUGGAACUCACGUCUGUAUUCUGCUUUUUUAGAAACUUUAAAAGGGUGAUGAGAGUCAGGUAUAGCUUCGCCUGGUGACGCUGCGGCUUCUGUGAAGAGUCAGACAAACAAGGGAGGUGACUAGAAACAUGUGUGGAAGAGACAGGAGAGCAGUGAAGCAGUUUACAUACACGAUCAUUAGCCUCUCCCUUGUUAUGGAACAUGAAGGGCGUGUCUGAGCUUCUUUUUAUUUCUGCGUAUAACUUCUCAAAAUGAAUAAUAAAACAGAGCGAGCACAUCUGUUUUGGGGUGGGACAUGCUCCCCUCUGGGUUAUUGUGUGCUUCUUUCCACUGCAGAUAUUGAUCUUGUAUUUGGGCCGUCUGCAUCUCUUCCUCUGGUUGUCGUGUUGUGCCAACGUUGAUCGUUCUUUCUCUCUCCUAAGUGCCAGUGUGGAUUUCACUAUUUCUGUCUGCUGCUGAGGCUGUUGCUGUGGGCAGCAUAAAUGCUGCUGUCAUAAUCAACAUGGAGGUUUGGCCAAAUACUAAUGUUCCUCUUAAAGGGCCACGGGUCAGUCAUUAUCUGCACAGCAGGGGCCACGCAGGGCCAUAAAAACACUCACACCAACAGUUAACCUGAAGCACUGUGUGCUUUGGCUCCUGUUGGUGCUUAAUACAGUUAUUUAUUCAUAUGACAGUAUUGUUCAAUAAUAUUGCAGAGGGUAAAUUGAUUACCCCAGUUGAAAUACCUUUUUGUUUUCAGGAAUAGAGUUUUAAGUAUUUAAAUCCAGGAUAUACAAUACAUCUUAACUAUUCAACAGAUCUAAGUUAAAGAUUUUAUAUACAACUGCGGUCUAACAAAGGGCUGCAACACAUUUUUCCUUAUGGAUUUAUCUGCCACUUAUCUUUUCCAGUAAUUGUUUGACCUAUAAAAAGGACAGAAAUAAGUGAACAAAUGUCCAUCAUGAUUUCCUUAUGGCCGAGGUGACGUAUUAAAAAUUUUUUUUUUUUUUUUUUUUGUCCGACCAACAGUCCAAAGCCCCAAAAUGUUUGACUUGCAGUGACAUAAAGCAAAGAAAAGCAGCAAAUCUUCACGUUGCAGAAGCUUGAACCAGAUAAUGUUUUGUGUGAUUACUUCAAAAAUGUACUUGCGUGUUUAAUCAACUCUCAAAAUAUCUGUUGAUGACUAAUGCAUUAAUCAACUGAAAUGUUCUGCUCUAUUAUAAUAUGUAAUGCUCUAACAGUUAGAUGGUUAAUUCAAGUAAAUUAGUUUACUACACAUUCUCCUGCUCUUAUUGCCAAAGCUGCCUCCAGAAACAUCCUCUGAAGAACGUUGUGCACACACGCUUCAGGAGGAUGAAUUCGAUGCACCAAAAAGGACUCUGCUGCAGGCCAUGUGCUUCAUUAAUUCUCUUGGAUUAUUAAUAAUCUAUUUUUUUAUUAUCUCUUUAUCGGCACACGCUUGUUCAGAGCGCUGGGUAACCCUCUCUUAGACUCCACAGGAAUAAUAACUUCGCUUUCUCAGAGAAUGGCCGGAAGGCAGGCGGUGCUUUUAAUACAGUUGGAUAACAUCGGUGUAAAGCGAACGUCUAAAUGUAGGCCUGUAGGUCACGUGGAGCACAGGGAUCACCGAGCAUGUGGCAGGUCUGUGUCUUAUGGACGGCAGUGAGCUGUUUUGUGUACGGUGAUGACAAUAGAGCCGGCUGUGCGGAUGCUGGCUACAUGGAGGUGUUCUGCUUGUUUGUUCCUCUCGCCAACUGGUCAUGUGAUGCCUGUGGCCGCUUUUCUGCACCAUAUGGUGUUUUCUGCUGCAUGGGACACUUUUUACCCACAUGCUGCAUUAACACACAUAAAGCCACACGUGCACACUCAAGUUUCAGCAGAUUUGAGGUGCUAUACUGACACCACAGUGAUUAAUUAUCUCCCUGCAUGGUGCUGUGGUCCUGUAGUUAGAGAUUAAUGCUGCUCUUCAGUCUUUAUCUGGCUCCAUGAAUUCAGAAAUAUUCAAAUAGCAUUAAUUAUUUUUUCUUUGUUGCAUUCUUUUUUCCAUUUUUAGUCCUAAUACAUAUAAUCUUACUCCAAGAAGCAUCCUUGGCUGGUAAAUCCACUAAACUACAUUCAUACAUCCAGUUGUAGUUGACUAGUGAUUGUUUUGCUUUUGGUCUAUUCUUCAUUUAUGAGGAGAGGUAAAGUAGGCCGACUAGAUUCAAACGUCAAAUAGAAUCAAAGACUUAGAGACUGAUACCCCGGAGCAGCCAUGGCGUGCUCCUUUGUGCACUCUCAAAUUUUAGGCCGAGAACAUUUCAUACAGAGUGUAUUAUUUAACUGCUGUCAAACAAAACAUUUUUUUUGUUAUUGACUGGCUGCUCCGUAGAGCUGUUUUCACUUGUCAUUUAAAGGGCUACACACAAUCCAUUUGUAGAAUGGGACAUUACAGGACUGGAAGUAUCAUAACAGUAGUGUGUCAGAGUGUGUUAGGGAAGUGCAAUGAACUCCGUGAAACAGUAAAGAGCAGCAACAUAAUAGCUCAUAUCGGCCUAGCUGACAACAUUGUGUCUGGUCGUUAUCUGUAUCAUAUAAGACCAGUUUCUCUUUUUGUUCGAAGUUGAGAGAGGAACAAACGAUCGUCUACCUCUCCUGCACUCUUUCAUGUCUGUAAAUCUACCGUGGAGCCCGUCAUUGGGGACCACCAGCCUUCUGUCUGUCUGUCCGUUUGUCCGGAGGUUGCUCCACUGUCUCGUCUUGCGUGGUUUGUUCUUUAUACCCCUCAGGGUCUGGCAGGGGGGGCUUCCUUUCUCCCAAAACACCUCCAGGGUUGCAAGACCAAUUCAGGCUCCCUUAUCUAUCACCCAUUGAUUUACUGACCUGACAUCAGCAUUUUCAAAGGAAACAGGCUGCUGCUCUUCUAUUGGUCUUGACCUUCAAUGUGCUUUCCUCCUAUUGGUUGUACUCACAACUUAGAGGUGCGGUCUAGCACCACAUACCCACUGUUGUAAAGCUGCAGUAUUGAUUCUAUUAUUUAUUAUACUUUAGGUCAUGCAUAAAGUGUUAAUACACAAGAGUCAUGUUUUUCUGGCAACAUCUUCAGUAUUAAGCCGUCUUUACUGUUGUGUUUUUACGCUACACUUUCAAAAAGUCACUUUGCAGUGAGUCGGUAUCAUAAUACCUCCCUCAGAUGUUGUUCUCUUUCGAGUUUAAUUAGUUUAAAUAGAACUCUUUUCUUCGGGCUAUCACUGCUCCAGCUCCUCUAACUACAGAGGGCUAUUUAUAUCAGAUCCGCUUCUGCUGCUGUUGUAAACAUUAAAUGCAUCACCUCCUAUCUCCAGAGGAUUUCUCCUGGGAAAGACCACCAGACAUGGAAGUUUAGAGCGCUAAAUGCCUCAUACGUUUUCACCUUUUUGGUUUUCUUAAUCAGUAAGCAGCAAAAUAUGACAUAUGACAAUAUCUUUCUGUUGUCAUUAAACACUAGGGACCUAGCCAAGCAUGGUUUUGACUUUAUGAGUGGUUUUAUUAUGCACUGUAGCUACUGGUACGUUUUAAUGUGGCUACACUGAGAUAAGGCUACAUGUUCUUCAAUGUGGGUCGACAACUGCAGCCUGAGGCUAAGUUUGGCUUCCAUCAUAAGACCACAAUGUGGACGUAUGAGUCCGUCUCUUUCUCCCCUACUUUAUUUCUCACUUUGGUUUGCUUAACAAUUGUGUGUUUGUAUAAAUGUGUUGUGUGUGGAGGCGACACACAGCAGCUGUCACUGUGUGUGUGUGUGUGUGAGUGGUCUGAGUCAGCUAUUAGGGUUGCUGUGGUGAUGUGAAGUUCUGGGAGGGUGAGGCAGAUGAGUCGUGGUGUUGCAUCAUUCUGGGAUACGCUCUGGAGCCAGAUGCUGUGUGGAGAGCAGCAGCCAUGUGUUGCAGCACAGAAACACAUUAGGGGAUGACGGAUGGCCUAGCCGUGUUGUGUUGCCAGCAGUUGAUCAGCAGUGACCUACCUGGACCACAGAUUAGCUGAUUCACUGCUCAGAGGCAGCAGCAGGUUGCAGAGAUGAGUGUGACCUCGUGGUUCCUGGUGAGCAGCGGGGGUACUCGCCACCGACUCCCCCGGGAAAUGAUCUUUGUGGGCCGGGAUGACUGCGAGCUCAUGCUACAGUCCCGCAGUGUGGAUAAGCAGCAUGCAGUCAUCAACUUCGAGGCUGGGACAGACGAACACAAGGUCAAGGACCUGGGCAGCCUGAAUGGGACGUUUGUAAAUGAUGUCCGCAUUCAGGAGCAGAUGUACAUCACUCUGAAGUUGGAGGACAAGCUGAGGUUUGGAUAUGAUACCAACCUGUUCACGGUGGUGAGAGGAGAGCUCACUGUGCCUGAAGAGGCUCUAAAGCAUGAAAAGUUCACCAGCGGCCUCCAGCUCAGCAAGAAGCCGUCCAACGGUGAAACCACUACCACCACUACCACCACCACCACCACCACAAGCAAGUCCCCCGCUAAGACCCCAACAAAGACGCUGAAGUCCCCCAGUGGCAGCAACCCAAGGCCAGGGGAGAGUAGAGCAACAGACGGGGUCACUUCCUCCAAAGAGCCUCCAGCUAAACCUGUGGACCCUCACAAAGCUGAGGAAAAGAUACCAGGGGAUGCUGCAGCGCUGCCUCGUGGGACCCCGCUGUACGGCCAGCCGUCUUGGUGGGGGGAUGGGGAUGCAGAUGACGAGAACUCCUUCAAACAGGAACUCAAGUCAUCCAACAAAAAACACGAGAGCUCCGUUUCAGACAGCAAGGAGGCUCGUCGAAUGGAGAAAGCUAAAGAGGACGGCCUUCUUGCGUCCACCGCCCAUGAUUCCAGCUACUUUGAGAUGCCCACCAAGGAGGGUCACAUGGCCAGUAACGGCAUACAUGAGAUUCCCACCAAGGACACAGAGGGCACCGCCGCUCAGAACUCUGCAGCUCAAGGUCACGCCUCCUUCACCAUCGAGUUCGACAGCACUUCUCCAGGGAAAGUCACCAUCAAAGACCACGUGUCAAAGAGCACACCCGACCAGCACAGAUCGCGCUCCAAGAAGAGUGGAGCGGGAAGCGGAGGAGCAGGAGGGAGGGAUUUGAGCAUGCUGCAAGCUGCUAUGAUGGCAUCGGAGAGCAAGGUAGCCGAUUGGCUGGCCCAGAACGACCCCACGCUGGUGCGCGUCGAGUUAACGGAGGACGACAGCAAGAGCAUCAAGAGCAUCAAGAGCGAUGUGCCGGUCUAUCUCAAAAGGCUAAAAGGCAGCAAACAUGAGGAUGGCACCCAGAGUGACUCAGAGAAUGGAGUGGGCCUACGUUUUGCCAACCGCCGCCACGCCCUCGAGGAACGCCUAAAAGCAGCACAUUGCCUCGCGGGAACGGGAGCGGGGAACAUAACUGCUAGCGGGUCAAGAACGAGUGGCAGCCGCACUUCCUUCAUGAUCGAGCUCUACGACGAGGAAAACCCUCGCAAGCGCCGAUCAUAUUCGUUUUCCCAGACUGCAUCCCUGCAUGGGCUAGGAGCUGGGGGGGAGGGACUAUUUCCUCAGCCGCCCUCUCACCCCAAGGUGUUCAGCAUUUCCACCUCUGCUACUUCAGACUCAGGUAAGGUCCCGGCUCCGAUAUCAGCGACAGUGACUGCAGGAGCCCCUACGGCUGCCCGGGUCCUUCUCAAGCAGAGGUCAGAGGACCAGAGUAUCGGUCGCAGCUCGGCCAGUACCGGGCUGGCGACAGGCAGCCCCACCAGCCCCAGCGAGGACACCUCGGUCGUGGGGAGAGGAGCGGGAACUGCUGGAGGGGAGGCAGGGGAUGACCACAGCGAUAAGGGGACCUACACUAUCGAGCUGGAGAACCAGAAUGCAGAGGAAGAGGAGGCCAGGCGCAUGAUAGACAAGGUGUUUGGUGUGCAGCAGAACCAGGACUCCUCUAGUCUGUCAGACCUGAAAGGAGAAGGAAAAGGAAAGGAGACCGGAGAGACGGGGAAAGAGGCUCUUGCUGGCGACUCGAGUUGGGUCUCUCAGUGGGCCAGUCUAGCUGCCAAUCACACCAGGACCGACCCAGAGGGCUCAGGAGCAGAAACAGCCGCCUUCCUCCACAAAGAAAGAGGAACUGAUGCCGUUGAGUCGGGUGCGUCCCUCAGCAGAGGCGAAUCCUCUUCCAGUCUAACCGACCGUAAGCGCAGGACCCUCCCCCAGCUCCCUGUGGAUGAACCCCGGGCUAAGUCCAGCAUCAAAGCUCUUGGACUGAGGUCAGAGAUCGGAGAGAAACAGGACACUGAACCCCAGGAAAAAGAGAACAAGGGAGACGGGGAGUCCCCCACUCCCAUGAGGGACGGUGAGAUGACCAGUAAACGGAAACAAAGCUCCACAUCCUCUCCAUCCAAGGCUCCUCUCCGGUCCUCAGGCAGCACGGAGCGGAGGAAGAGGUCAGAGGAGAGGAACGGAGGAGGAUCAGGAGAAGAGAAGUCGGGGAAGCCUCUUGUACGUCAGGGAAGCUUCACAGUUGAGAAGCCCAGCGCUAAUGUCCCGACAGAGCUCAUCCCACGCAUCAACAGAGGCAGCAGUGGGCGUGAACGUAGUGACUCCGUGGGCAGCAUGGAUACUGCUACGCUCCUGAAGGACACUGAAGCUGUCAUGGCAUUCCUGGAGGCCAAACUAAGAGAUGAAAACAAACUAGACCAGAAAGGUAGUAAAACUGGCGUCCCUCCUCGGCCUGACUCCAUCUCUCCUGAGUCGGAUGUUGACACGGCCAGCACAGCUAGUCAUGUGACUGGGGAGACAGAGAGGAAAGCAUCAGCUGGGGGAGAACAUAAACGACGCUCCUUCAGCAGCAUGCAUCGUGAGAAGAGCAACAUCAGCACAGCUUCCAAGACCAGCGUCACUAACGCAAGUGCCCGUGAUCGCUUGGAUAGGAAGUCUAAAACAAGAACUACAGAGGGGACUAGCCGAACUGAUGCACGGCGCUCUGUUCAGCCGUCCUCUGCCUCCUCCAGAGCGCGCCAGCCUUCUCAGGAUCUCACUGAUGAUGACCAGACUUCUUCCUUCCCCAUCUCUGACAUCCUCUCCUCAGACCAGGAGACCUACUCUGGACCCGUGGGGCGCUCAGCACACGGACGUGGCUCAGAUGAUUUUCUGCAUUCCAAACUGGAUAGCAGGUCUAAAACUUCUACCAGCGGAUCCUCCAAAACCAGGAGCUCUCUCCAGGCAGCCACAACCUCCUCCAUCAGCAAGCAGGCCUCACUGCCUCAGCCGCGGCCCACAAGAGCCUCCCUUCUCCGCCGCGCCCGGCUGGGCGAUACUUCUGACACAGAUCUAGCUGAUGCAGACCGGGUGUCUGUGGCUUCUGAGGUGUCCACCACCAGCUCCACCUCCAAGCCGCCAUCCGGUCGAAAGGGAUUGUCACGACUGGACAUGCUGGCUCAGCCGCGUAGGACUCGCCUGGGCUCCAUCUCAGCCCGCAGUGACUCAGAGUGCACUAUGACACGGAGCUCCACCUCUUCACCCCGUCUGUCAGCCGAGACUGCUCUGCGUCUGGGCCUGCGCUCAUCGACACCAACAGAGAGCAGGCUGACACCCAGAAUGAGGGCCAACAGCGUGUCGAAACUGAAUGAGACCAAGACUAAGACCACUACGUCUGGAUACUGCUCUCCCACAGAGAGCUCUCAGCCCGAACCAGAGGGCGGGGAUGCUGAGGAGGAGCUGAUGGUGUCCAGUAGCAGCAGGUGGAGACGUCUGCCGCCGGAGUACGGCUCCACCUCAGAGGAAGAGUUUGGCUCCAGCCGGAAUACUCCGAAGCACGGAGGACGCUCCCACAUGCGUCCUCAUCACCUCGCCCCGCACCGCAGCUCAAGACUCGGCACCGCCGGCAGCCCAGGCUCCGCCGUGGUGACGGCUCCGGGUGGAGGGGUGAUCAAACACCGCAUGAGAGAGCAAGAGGAGUACAUCAAGGACUGGACAGCACACAGCGAGGAGAUAGCCAGGUUAUUCCCCUGUGUGCGCAGGAUCAGCCAGGACCUGGCUAAGGACUUAGCCAUCUUGGCCCGUGAGAUCCACGAUGUGGCUGGCGAGAUCGACUCAGUCAGCUCAUCUGGCACGGCACCCAGCACCACCGUCAGCACCGCCGCCACCACCCCGGGAUCGGCCAUCGACACCCGGGAAGAGGUAGGCCCUGCACGUCCCACGCAGCCGGACAUAGAGGAGAGCAUGAGAAAGUUGGUGGAUCGGGUGUUUGAUGAGAGUCUGAACUUCAGGAAGAUCCCACCUGUGAUUUCGACCAAUAAGGCGCCAGAGAUCAACGGCAAGCCAGUGGAGCUCCGCCCCCGUGCCCCCGACAGUCUGGAGCCCCGAGCUCUGAGGAGACGCACCUGGAACCGAGAGGAGGCAGUGUUGGACAGCCUGCUGCUCAAUUCAGUUUCUCAGCUGUCCACCAAGAUCAGACACUCUAUCGACAAAACAGCAGGAAAAAUCAGGAUAUUGUUUAAAGAUAAAGACAGGAACUGGGAUGAAAUUGAGAAUAAACUGCGAUCGGAGACUGACAUACCACUCCUGAAAACCUCCAACAAGGAGUUCUCCUCGAUUCUGCUCGAACUGAAGCGGGUUGAGAAGCAGCUUCAAGUGAUCAAUGUAAUGGUGGACCCAGAUGGGACUCUGGACGCCCUGGCCAGCCUCGGCCUGACCAGCCCCACCACCCCUACAAAGCCCCAAACCGCCAAAACAACCUCCACUUCUGCCACCAGCCCAAUGUCUGCUCCCUUAGCCAAAGAAUCCCUGCCGGCGAUCCUUCCCGGACCUGCAGGAUCAGCAGCCUCCGCCAGGGUUCAAGCUUCCUCUGCCAGCACAGAAGAGACUGCACGAGACCCCGGCGUGAGUCUGGGGUUAACAGGAGUCGGAGGACUGCCCUUCAACCGCAUAUGGCCGAGCGGAGAGGAGGCCAUCGCGCAGAAGUGAACAGAAAGUUUCCCUGAACUCAAUGUUAAGUGAAUGAACAGGAGUCUGGAUUGGAGUGCAGGUGGCUGGUGAUCAGUGUUCGCAACAACGAACCAGUCUAGGAUUAUGGGUAUAAUAUAAACACAAUUUAGCUGAAGUGUUACCAGAUCUGGUCGGUUAUGAAGUGCUUCAACUGACCCAAACCCCCAACUGAUGCAUCGUGAAUAUACCCUCAACGUAAAUUCACCCUUGAAUGAUUUGGAUAGAGUCAUGUUAUGAGUUUUUCAACUUAAACCUGACUUCCUGAUGGACAGAAGGCGUCCGGGCUGCUCUCUCGGUGGACAGAUCUCUGUGGUUGUACAGUCUCCACUCUUCUCUAGUCUCCUCCUCUUGCCUUCUCCAUGUGUCUGGACCCUAACCUACACUAAGGACAUGCCUUAAAACACAUCCUCGAUAGUAGCAGACCUCACCCCCUCAAAUAAUAUACAGAACAGCUUUUAAGACUUUAAUACCGUACUUUCAGACAAACAGAAUGCAUUGUAAAAUAACACUUGGAAAAUAUGUUCUAUUUACACUAUGAUGAAACACAGGACACUCCAGUGAUUUAUUAGCUCUUGUUGAGUACAAAGAGUAUUUCAGCAGCCUUAAGUAACCACUCUGACAAACCACGCAGUCAUACAGACAUGAUUAAUGCCUAAAACGGUUCAUAAAUCAAGCAGAAUUUCAGCUGUUUUUCAUAACUCUAACCGUCCAUUGUUGCUUCUCUGAAACUGACUCUGUUGAAAAGGAUUUGUAGUGCCUCCCCAUCUCUGUGCUCGCCUAUUUCUCUGUUACCCAUUAUGUUUUACUCUCUGCCUCCCUUCCUGUCUCUCCCCAGUAGUUUGGAAAAGUGUUUCACUCCAGUAGCAUGUCCAGGACGGAGCUGAGAGCUUUCUUCCUGCAAGUUGGUGUCUGUGUUGAUCUUACUAAUACUGAAUGGUAGUUUUAAACAAUAGUUAACAGCCUUUGGGAAACCAAUGUUGAGACAAAAUAUUCACUUACCAAAGUUAACAAGUUUGUUGGUAUUGCCAUUGUUAAACAGUUGAGCCAUUUUGAAAAUUCAUCUGUUGUGCAAAAGCCUGGGAAUCUUUAUUUCAAAAUGUGGCAGUACAUCUUCGAUGCCUCACCCUCUGCAGCCCGCCCGUCUUCUCCGAAUGUCAAGACCAUUUUUCAUUUAUUAUAAUGAAACGCUAGCUUAAUCAUUGCUGCCAUAUUGUUUUUGAUCCAUGUGACAUGUGCCCUGAGCUAUCUGCUACAGUGCAUCCACUCAAGUGUCCUAUGAUUUCCAAUUGGCUUUUUAAUCCUGUUUCCAGUCACGGCCGAUGUGACUUUUUUUUUUUAAAACAAUGAGCGAAGAAAAUCUUUGAACUAAAUAUUUUUUAAUAUUUAGAUACUGGUAUUGUAGAUAUUGUAGACUUACUUGUUGAUGCUUUGAAUCGCCUCACACUACAUUUCAUUUCUUGGUCACCAGUUUAAGUACACACAAAACCUGAACAUGCAAAAGCUGCUGGAAUUGGUUUUAAUUAACGUCUCAUUGAAAGGAGCGCGGGCGACCUACAAGGAGGCUUUGUUGUGGUUCAAAAUACGUCUUUGAGGAGCGUCAGUAAGUAGACAUGUACACAUCUUUGAAAAUAUGCGACUUCAUAUCGGUGUAUCUAGGUGCAUUCUUCUAUUUCCCCCAAGGAGAGACGUUCGAGCGUACUGAUGCUGUAGUACUGCAGAGACCGUAUAGUUAACCUAUUUCUCAUUUACUUCACGGGGACUCACCACUUUCUGAACCUCUCUUCAGCUUAUAGUCUGUGUUCUAGAGUAAGACGACUUUAAAGGCAGUAUAUUAGUACUUAGAUGCUAGUGAAUUUAGGUACCAGAAUACAUGUUCAUUUCAUUCUCGCUAUACUGUACUGUACAAUGUUUUUCAAUUGCCUCAAAGUGCCCAUUUUGUCUAUGGACGGGCAUCGAUUGAAAGAAAAGACAUAGUUGUCUUAAAAGAUUUCUCUUAUUUUGCACAUCAGAUUGUGGUGUUUUUCAUUCAGACGUAGUGAAGAAGCAGUGAAAGGCUGCAUCUAAUGUCAAAUGGUUUGACAGAGCAUAUCAGCAAUGAUGGCCUUGCCUCUCUGGAACUAUUCUGUCUGUACAAACGAAGCCUCUAAUCGUCCUUUUUUUGCUUUUCCUCCCCCUGUUUUAUCAAAAGAAAUGAAAUGAGGGGACUGUGAAUGCUAGGUACAUGUUUAUUUUUAAGUUACUACAUGUGUCAUCUGAUCAGUGUUCUUUUGUCAUUUUUGUAAAGAAAAAGCUAUUUUAUUUAUUUUUUGUUUAAUAUUUUGUGGAUGUUUCAUGCAUUUUAUAUUUGUUCAACUAUCUACAUUGUUUCUUACUGUUAAUAAAACAAAGCCAUUCACUUG